ACCAGCUAUUGGUUUGUUGUUUCCAUCAUACGGAACUGGUUUUGGUAUUAGAUGUAAAAGCACUGGUUUGUUUAUGCGUUUGUCUCAUUAAGUAGACGGAGCCAGGGCGGUAGCACAGUCCUUGAACUGUUGGUCUGAUCUGGUCAGACAUGAGCGUCACUUUGGAUAUAAGACUGAAAAGAGCAAACAAAGUGUACCAUGAUGGGGAAACGGUGGCGGGCGUCAUCGUGCUGUUGUGUAAGGAGCCCAUGCAGCACCACGGCAUUUCUCUGAGCAUGGAGGGACUGGUGAACCUGCAGCUCAGCUCCAAGAGCGUCGGGGUCUUCGAGGCGUUCUACAACUCUGUGAAGCCCAUCCAGCUGGUCAGCAGCAACAUCGAGGUGGCUAAGGCGGGAAAAAUCCCAGGAGGCAAGACUGAGAUCCCCUUCGAGUUCCCCCUGCAAACUAAAAGCAACAAGGUGCUGUACGAGACCUACCACGGCGUGUUCGUCAACAUCCAGUACACGCUCCGCUGUGACCUGAGGCGCUCGCUGCUCGCCAAAGACCUGAGCAGGAACUGUGAGUUCAUCGUGCACUGUCAGCCACAGAAAGCUAAAGUUGUCCCGACUCCGGUUAACUUCACCAUCACCCCGGACACUCUGCAGAACAUCCGCGAGAAAAAUCCACUGCCCAAGUUUCUGAUCCGAGGCCAUUUAGACGCCACCAACUGCAUGAUCAGCCAGCCACUGACGGGAGAGGUGGUGGUGGAAAACUCCGACGUCCCCAUCAAGAGCAUUGAGAUACAGCUGGUCAGAGUAGAGACCUGUGGUUGCGCUGAAGGAUAUGCCAGAGAUGCCACGGAGAUUCAGAACAUCCAGAUCGCUGAGGGGGAUGUGUGUCACGGCCUCCCCAUUCCCAUCUACAUGGUCUUCCCCAGACUCUUCACCUGCCCCACGCUGGAGACCACAAACUUCAAAGUGGAGUUUGAAGUCAACGUGGUCAUUGUGCUUCAUGACGAUCAUCUGAUCACAGAGAACUUCCCUCUGAAGCUGUGCAGAGUUUAAACGUCCGCUUGGCUCACCAGCAACGCCGUUUGAUCCGCAACCCUUCUUUUGCCCUGCUUCCCUGAGGAAGUCUGAACUGAAUUCCAGCUCUUAGGGAGCUCAUCUGGAGGAAAUUCACCCUUGAGAUAUAAAAGAGCCAAUAUUUCAAUGUAAUUAACAUUUUUGAAACCAUUUUCACUUUUGGGACUAAUCAGUGUCACUUUUGAAGGUCAAUUCUUUGCACAUUUAAAUGUGUUCAUGUUUGCUUUGUGGUUUCUUGAAUUGAUGCAUACUUCUUUAUAUUCUGAAUUAAGAGAUUAAACCAGAGUUCCUUAUGAACACCAGUCAUAUGAAUCCUGGGGUUUUGCCUAAUUGUGUUACUCUGCACCAUUGUGUGUUUAAAAGUAACCUGGAAGCUGCCCAUCCUGGCGCAACAGCUGCAUCUUCAUUGCUUCUUCCUUGUUAUUGUUCAGUUGUCAUGAAUAAAGAAUAAGACUAAAAAAGGUAAAUUAAAUGAUCAAUCACAACAGAAAGUGGUUUCAUUGCUUUUAUUGCAAUUUUCUUCAAACGUCAAAUAUUUACAACAACAUUCAUGAAACACAAUCACAGACCAACUUUUUAAAACUCAAUACUUU